AUGCAAGACCCGGUGCUAGCACGAGCUUCAAAGCUUCGAACGAAGCUUUUUCAAGAAGAUUUGGUCGGAAAGCUUCGUCUUCUGUCACUCAGUGUCAUUGUCCUUCACUAUUUGAAAUUUGGGUCAUCAACCAUGGCAUUUUUGUUCCGUCUUUUCGUGCAUUCGUUGCUCUCAAAAUCGCAGGCAGUUUCAGAGCAGUUCAGAAGAGUCUCUCUGCGAGCACACAAUGCCCGUGCCAUUCCAGGUUUGUCGAAUACAACUAAUGCAAGUCCAGCCACAAGUGCCUCCAGCGCCUCAACUGGCCCAAACGCGGGGAGUUCAGCGAUGCCAGGCGCUUUCAUCGUGGGAAACAUUGCAGAACAGCCCGUUUCAGAGGCAGAAGUCGAAGAAUCUGUAAAUGGGGCCCAACGCAACGUUAGAUGGGUCCUUUUCCAUUGCGCUUUCACUUUCAACUGCAUAUCGACCAUAAUGGCAAUCAUUUGGCCCGUGGAUUUCCGCUCUAAAAUGGGCGCGUACUGGUUGAAUAGUGGCACCUUUGGCAGUGCUCCAUCGCCGUUCGCCAACCAGAAUGGAUUGAUAGGUGGGGAGUUACAAAGAGGCCUUUUUGUCCAGCUGUUAGGCGAAAGGGUGCCUGGCAGCAAUUUAUGGAGCAACCUCUCUAUCGUCUACCUAGAAAUUUUGAUACUGGUGCUCCAAUUCAGCCUGUAUAUCCUCACAGCUUACAAUUUUGCAGAGCCGCCUAUAUUGGUGCUUGCGGCCGAAGACGACGACAGUGAUUCUGCCAGUAAUCUCGAAAAGGAAGAUGGGUUUAGUGGAGUCGUGCUGGUAACGACUUUGAGGCCGGUAGAAGUGGUGGAUUUUCUCUUGGAGGAGAGGUAUGAGCGCGCUGCGCCCGCUGCAACUGCGAGCGAUAUGGUGUAA